AUGACUCUCGCCGACUACCUCGCACAGAAUUAUCUCUCCGCAGACACAACAACGAAAUCGAAGAAGCGCAAGAGAAAGGACAAGACCGCAUCGGAAGGACUUGUAAUCGACGACGAAGACGAUUCCUGGAAGCAGCCCGCCAAACCCAAAGGCGAAGAUGACGAUGAAGACACACCUACAAUAGUCGGCGGCGCAUUAUCAGCAGGACUCAACAAGCCCACGAAGAAGACCAAAUGGGUCAAGAUAGGCGCCGAGGCACCGAAGGACAGCGAACAAGCAGCCGCAGAUGCUAUUCUUGCAGAUGCCGCAGCAGAAUCUCGGAGUCGCGCGCAAGCUGACGAUGAGGACCCUAUGAUGCUCGAUGAAGAUGGCGCAGAAGUGGGCGGACCAACUAUGGCAAACGGCGCGAUGGCAGGACUACAGUCAGCAGCGCAGGUCACCAAAGCCUUGAACAAGCGGAGGAAGGAAGAGAUGAAAGCCAUGAAAGCCGCCAACCUCGACUCGGGUGGACUGGCACAGCAGACGAUCUAUCGUGACGCCAGUGGACGGAUGAUCAACGUGAAAGAGAAGAAGGAAGAAGCCGAAGCGCAAGCCAAGACAGACGAGCGCAAAGCGAGAGAAGAGGAUGAAAGUAGGAAGGGCGAUGUGCAGAGACGGCAGAAAGAGGAGAGGCGGCAAGAAUUGCAAGAGGCGAAGGUCAUGACUGUGGCACGGGGUGCGGAUGAUGAGAAGAUGAAUGAUGAGUUGAAGGAGAGGGAAAGGUGGAAUGAUCCUAUGGCACAACUGCUGGCGACGAAGAAGAGUAGCAGCAAGGAUGGGAAGAGUAAGGGGAGUGGGAAGACGUACCAGGGUGCUUUCGAGCCGAAUCGAUAUGGGAUCCGGCCCGGGUGGAGAUGGGAUGGAGUGGACAGGAGUAAUGGAUUUGAGAGGAAGUGGUUUGCGGCGCGGAAUAAGGCUAAGGACCGCAAAGAACUAGAAUAUGCCUGGCAACUAGACGAAUAA